UUAAGACAUUGAUAUUGACAUAUAUAUGCUAUGGCAAUAUCAACCUGUAGCCUUAUUCUUGUAGGUAUAUUUGUUCCCUACCUCCCUAUCUAUGCUCAAGUUCAAAGUCAAAGUCAAAGAACAAUUCUCUCUGAUCUUGACACCAAAAUCAAUGAAGUGGAGGUUCAGAUGAAUGCCCUUCAUCUACAAAGGCCAGAAACUGCUGAAACAACAUAUGAAAUAUCACACAAUAAUGGCCAUGCUCCCCCACAUCAUCAUAAACGCCACCUCCAAAAUGUUUAUGGGAUUCUAGUCCUGCUAGGGUGGGGUAUUUUGCUACCCAUAGGGGUGGUCAUAGCAAGGUAUUGCAGAACAUAUCCUUUGAAGUUUAAUGAAUGGUACUAUUGUCACAUAAUGUGCCAGAUUCUAGGAUAUAUCCUAGGUUUAUUGGGAUGGAGCUUUGGUCUUUGGCUUGAAAAAUCAUCAAAAGAGUUUGUGCCUAAAACACAACAUACUCUAAGCAUCAUUGCUUUCAUAUUCAUAAACAUACAAAUGCUUUCCAUUUGUAUAAGACCAAACAAAGAAGCUGGGUAUUGUAAGUGCUGGAACAUAUGCCACCAUGUUCUGGGGUAUGCCAUAAUUGGAAUUGUUGUAGCAGACAUAUUUGAAGGGCUAAACAAUAAUCAGAGUCAUGCUGAAAAGUUGAAAUGGGGUUAUGUUGGAGUGCUUGGAGUUUUAGCUCUCAUAGUUGUACCAAUGGAAAUAUUCAGAUGCAAGUCUAUGAUAAUGCAUCUCUCUUUGCAUUUCACUCGCAGCAAGUUUACUAAUUCACCUGAAAUUAGUUAGACUGAAAAAAUGGAUUGAAAACUUAGAUUAAGUUACACUUUCAACAAGUUACUCGUUUAAAAAGUUAAAAAUAAAAUCAGAAAGUAAACUAUAAAGAAAAGGGAGGAAUUCUAAUAAGAAAGAGAUAGCUGUCAA